GAAUCCUCCACUUUUCUGGACCAAAUUCAGUUUCCUCUGCCUCUUUUCAUAUCGGUGGUGGCUUUUUCCCUGACUUGUCUGGGGGCGGGGGCAAGGAGAAAGGCCAGAGAAUGUCGUCCCAGGCAGUGGGGAACCAGACCUCUUCUCAAGCCACGGAUGACUACUCCUAUGGCAACUGGUACAUCGACGAGCCCCAGGGUGGCCAGGAGCUCCAGCCAGAGGGGAGUGCUCAGGCGAGACCAGGGGCAGGGGGCAACCACAGCGCGGUCAAGUGCGGCCAGAGGACUUGCCAGCCCCUAUCUUUGUUGAGUCUGGGCACCCCGGCAGAGGGGCCGGGGCUCCCUGGGCCCCACAGGCCGCCGAGGACUCCUCGCCUGUGUGGGCCCCAGAGCCCUGUUCUCCCCUUCCUGUUCCUGGCCCUGGCCCCAACCCCCACCCCCCCUCCUCUGUCUGAGGGCUUACAGUACUGGAAAGGUGAGGCUGGGGGGGUGGGGUGCGGAGCCAGAUGUAUACACAUCUGCUCUCCAUCAACAGUGGAAACUGGAGAAGGAGACAUGCCUGUGUGCCUCCCCAGGGGCUGGGGCUGCGGCUGGGCCAGGCUUGGGUCACCCAGCAGGGACAGGGGCCCCACCCAGGCCUGGGGGAGGCUGCUGUUGUUUGGAGCACUCAGGAUGCUGGCCACCUGGUCAGCAGUUCCGCGGUCAGCAAGGGGUUUCCCACCCCCUUCCCGAGCUGAUCUGGACAGUCUGUGGGCUCCCCUCGUCCCUGCUGCAUAUUUUGGGGGCGGGAGAAGUAGCAGAACGGGGAGGGGCCCAGGAACCCAUGAGGGCACAGAUCCUGACUUGGGUUAAGACCUUAAUCUGCAGCUGAGUCCUUGGGAGCCUCAGGGCCCCGGGGGGAUUGGUUGGGGCCGGGCUCUUCAGAUAUGGCUCAGAAUGAAGUUGGGUACAUAGCAGGGCCUGCGUGAUGGGGAGCACUGCCUGUCAUGUGCGUGGCAUCUGGGAUUUGCAGCUCCCUCCUCCCGCCCCAGGGAAGAAUGAGGAGGUUUGCUUGAGUCGACUUACUUGGCCAAUCCAAGUCUAGUUGCUUGUCCCCCAAACCCCACCCCCGAAGGUGGAAGCUCAGGGGAAUCCCAAGGAGAUGAACUUGGGCUCACUUCUCCUUGAGUGAGUCAGACACCCCAGGGAGAUGGUGCACAAAGCUUUGAGGAGUUCCUGAUGGUAGUCCCCCUUGGCACGUCAGUGUGCCCCAACAGGCUGGGGUUGAGGCUGGUGGGCACUGGUGACAGUGGCUGGCUGGACUGUCUCCUGGUCACACUUAGCCAGGGGCCCUUAUGGUAGAAAAGCUUGGGGGUGGGCAGUGAGUCUGAUGGGGUGAGCUGUGUCAUCUGGGGUCUUCUGUGGGCAUAGGACUGCUCCAAGUAAGCCGAGCUGACCCUUUCCUACCCCCCGGAGCCCCUCUGAACAGGUCGUGUGCCCAGCCCGACAUCUGCCCAUGUGUUAUCCCCUCCUCACCAAUACUGACCUUCUCAGCCAGAGCCUGGGGACACAGAUGCCUGUGGCAGCCGUCCAGGAUGACACUCGCCUCCCCCGCCCCCUCACUUCAAAGGGGGAAUUGGAGGCUUCCCUCCUGGCCUGCCUCCCAGCAAGAGGCCAACACCAGGCCCUUCUGCUGUGGCGGUGGGGGGAGGGUAUCAGGCCCCCCCACAUCAGACAGCCAGCCUUUCCCUCCCAACCCAGAGAGAUGUGCUUGCCUUUCCCUCUGAGUGGGGCCCUUUGUAGGCUCAGAGCCUAACGUCUAGGAACAGCGGUCUUGCCCCUCUGCUUCAGUGUCCUCACCACUGCUGUCUGACCUGAGUGUCUGAGACCGAGCCCGGGCUUCCUUGGCUACAUGUGAUUCUGGUCCUCACCUCUCAUCUUGGAAUAAGGCCUAGAACUCAGCGGUCAUUCUGGAAACUCCCCUUCCUUCUACUAUCCUGUCUCCAGGCAUGUACAUUCUUCCUCCUACACACCUCUGAGACGCACCCUGCCAUCCCCCUUCCCCAGCCACGGCUUGUGCUCAACUGCUUGAAAAUGCCGAUUCUCAAAGACUUUUGAUGUACGGAAAUGACCAUUUCAUACGGUUCAACUUAAAACUUCCUUUCACGCUCCUUACCUCUCCCGCCUGGUCAGAUGUGGGCGUUGGAGCCAGGUGACCUCAGUUCGAAUCCUUGCUCUGCUGCUUUCCUAACUGUGUGAUUUGGGCAAGAUACUUAGCCUCUCUGAGCUUUGGUCUCCUUGUCUGAACAAGGGGGAUAAUGAUAGCACCCACCUCUUAGGUAAUGCCUGAGUUAAGACAGGGAACAGACAGCAUCUGGCACUUAGUCAAAUUCUUUGUAAGUAUUACUUGCUGCUGUUGUGAUUCAAAUUGAAUCACAGAAAUCUCCCCAAAUCCAGAACAACCACCCUGUUCAAACACCCUCAGUGGCUCCCUAGUGCCUCUCAGGCCUGCUGCGACCUGCUUCUGGCCUGCCCUCCCCCCUGUAGACUGUAAACUGAAAGUGCCUGGCCCCGGCCACACGGUCGACUGCCUCAUGUUCCUUCCUCUACACGGAGCUACUUUUCCCCUUCUUUGCCUCAGCAGGUGCUAACCAUCUUUUAAACUCAAAUCAAAGGGCCAAAUCAUAGGGCCAAACACUUGAUUGCUUGACCCAGGCAAUAACAUUCAACCACUGUGCUGAGAAGGAGAGGUCUACCAGGGCUGGAGCAGUCAGGGAGGCUUCCUGGAGGAAGGAGGAAUGAAGUGGGCCUUGAAGGAUAGGAAGAAUGUGGGUGAGAAAGAAGAGGGGUCCAGGUCCAGCUGGCCCACUCUGUUUCUCCCAUGUUUUCCCCUGGGAGCCCCCUGUCUCCUUCAGCGCUGUAACCUCAGAGCUUGGCACGGGGCUGGCACACCAUGAGGGGCGUGAAAACCCUGGAGUGACCCUGAGAAGGGAAGUGCCCUCCUGCCACCCCAGCGUGCUGUCCGGCGUCCUCCACGCCUGCCUGGCUGUGCUGUCGAUCCUUGUGCUGCUGAUGCUGGCUGUGCUUGUGAGGCGCCGCCAGCUCUGGCCCCGCUGCGGGCACGGCAGGCCUGGACUGCCCAGCCCUGUGGAUUUCUUGGCUGGGGACAGGACCUGGAUGGUGCCUGCCGCUGUCUUCAUGGUCCUCCUCAGCUCCUUGUGUUUGCUGUUCCCCGCCGAGGACCCGCUGCCCUUCCUGACUUUGGCCUCACCCACUAGCCGAGAUGGAGAAAGUGAGGCUCCCAGAGGGCCCUGGAAGAUACUCGCCCUGCUCUAUUACCCUGCCCUCUACUACCCUCUGGCCGCCUGUGCCACGGUCAGGCACGGAGCCGCACACCUGCUGGGCAGCACACUGUCCUGGGCUCACUUCGGGGUCCAGGUGUGGCAGAGGGUAGAGUGCCCCCAGGCACCCAAGGGGCCUGUGCCCAAAGCCCAGGAACGAAGGAACAUAGAAAGCGGGUGUCCCCGGUUUCAGACCCCAUUGCAAGGAGGAGGGGAUUACAUAGCUUCUUCUCUUGGCUCCUCCCAGGGCUGUGGGAGUCCGGGAACCCAGGGGAGGAUCUACAAGUACUACUCCCUGCUGGCUUCCCUGCCUCUGCUUCUGGGCCUCGGAUUCCUGAGCAUUUGGUACCCGGUGCAGCUGGUGAGAAGCUUCAGCCACAGGACAGGAGCGGGCUCUGAGGGGCUGCAGAGCAGUUACUCUGAGGAAUAUCUGAGGACCCUCCUUUGCCGAAAGAAGCUGGAAAGUAGCUCCCACACCUCCAAGCACGGCUUCCUGUCCCGGGUCUGGAUCUGCUACGGAAACUACAUCUACACUCCACAGCGAGGAUUCCGACUCCCUCUGAAGCUGGUGCUUUCAGCGACCUUGACGGGGACAGCCAUCUACCAGGUGGCCCUGCUGCUGCUGGUGGGCGUGGUACCCACCAUCCAGAAGGUGAGGGCGGGGAUCACCACGGACGCCUCCUACCUACUGGCCGGCUUUGGGAUCGUGCUCUCAGAGGACAGGCAGGAAGUGGUGGGGCUGGUGAAGCAUCAGCUGUGGGCUCUGGAAGUUUGCUACAUCUCGGCCUUGGUCCUGUCGUGCUCACUCACCUUCCUCAUGCUGAUCCGCUCACUGGUGACACACAGGGUCAACCUGCAAGCUCUGUACCGAGGGGCUGCCCUGGACCUGGGCCCCCUGCCCCGGAGUCCCCACCCCUCCCGCCAGGCCAUAUUCUGUUGGAUGAGCUUCAGUGCCUACCAGACUGCUUUUACCUGCCUUGGGCUCCUGGUGCAACAGAUCAUCUUCUUCUUGGGGAUCAUGGUCCUUGCCUUCCUGGUGUUCAUGCCCGUGCUCCACGGCAGGAACCUCCUGCUCCUCCGAUCCUUGGAGUCCUCAUGGCCCUUCUGGCUGACCUUGGUCUUGGCCGUGGUCCUGCAGAACAUGGCAGCCCACUGGAUCUUCCUAGAGACUCGCCAUGGACACCCAGAGCUAACCAACCGGCGAGCGCUCUCCGCAGUCACGUUCUUUCUCUUCCCCAUCAACGUGCUGGUGGGCGCCGUGGUGGCUGCCUGGCGAGUGCUCCUCUCUGCCCUCUACAAUGCUGUCCACCUUGGCCAGAUGGACUUCAGCCUGCUGCCACCUCGAGCCGCCAAUCUCGACCCCGGCUACCACACAUACUGCAGCUUCUUGAAGAUCGAGGCCAGCCAGUUGCAUCCAGCCACGACAGCGUUCUGUGAUCUGCUUCUGCGAACACAGCGGCCCCAGCCUCUCCGGGGCCCCCAAGAUGGCCUCAGACACGGGGAGGAAGAAGAAGGGAUACAGCUGCUGCAGACCAAGGACCCCAUGGCCAGAGGAGCAGGGCCCAGGGCCCGCCAAGGCAGGGCCCGCUGGGGCCUGGCCUACACCCUGCUGCACAACCCGGCCCUGCAGGCCUUCCGGAAGACGGCCCUGUCGGGGGCCUAGGUCAACGGAGCCCAGCCCCGAGGGUGCGGGAAGCCACCGUGUCCUUGUUUGUGCUGGGGUCCUCCCCUCCUCCCAGCCCACUCCCUCCCCAGUGUCCCCAGCGUCCCCCCCCCCCCCCCCCCCCCAGCCAGGGCAGCCUCUCUGACAGCAAGUUCCCUGGAUCAGCGACCAGCACCAGAAGCCAGGGGUCGCUGUGGUUGGAUGGAGGUCUGCCCACACCAGGAGCUUCCCGAGGGCUCUGGUCUGUACCCUUCGUCUUGGGAAGCCAGCAAGGGCUCCAGAGGAAGUAAUUGGUGGUGUAGGCUCUUGGUCUGGGAGCCAGUGGAACCGGGAGGCCACAUCCAGGCCCCUCCCCAUGCUGGCAAUGCCACCAGCCUCAGCCUCACUGCGGUCUUCUCCUGCCUGGCCUUGGUGAGGUUCAGCCCAGAACAGCUUCACGUUCCAGCUCAGCCCCACCUCAGCCUUGGAUCUCACCACCACGGAACCAGACACAGGGCUUCCUCUCUCCUCCAGCUUCCCCCUCUCCUCUUGGGGGGGCCUCGUGCCUUCCUGCGAGGCAGCCCAGGAGGAAGCCAUGGGCUCCUACUGGGCAGCAAAGUAAUGGCUCAAAGCAGGCCCCACACCGAGCUGGCCACACUUGAGAGCCUGAUAUUUUUGCAAUUGGUAUGCCUUUAGAUAUUAUGAAAGAGGUUAGUGUGCUCCCUGUAAUAAACUUGUCCCUGAGAAACAGUCCUCCGUAGGAGGAGGGUACGUGGGGGAAAACUGCC